CUACAUCACCUCACAUCACCUUAGAGUUAUUCUUUAGCAAGCUUAACAAAUAUAAAAUGAAUGAAGGAACAAAACUUUCACUCGUGCUACGGAUAGCGGUGGCAUCGGCAUUUACCUAUGUUGCAGUGAAAUGGAUGGUAGAUCAAUUAGAUCCCACAAAGGAAAAAAAAAAUAAGGCCAAACAACAAGCUCAAGCCCUCAUGACUAAAUUGCGAAUAAAAACCAAUUUACAGUUGACAGAGUAUGAACUUGCAAUUGCAAGUAAUUUAGUGGACCCCGAAAGCAUUCCUGUAUCCUGGAAUGACAUUGCUGGUCUGGAUAGUGUGGUACAGGAGCUGCAUGACACUCUUGUCUUACCUAUCAAAAGUCAAAAACCGUUUCCAAGCCAGUUGCUGCAGCCUCCAAAAGGUAUGCUCUUGCAUGGACCUCCAGGGUGUGGAAAAACUAUGGUGGCCAAAGCCACUGCAAAGGAAGCUGGAAUGAGAUUUAUAAACUUGGAUGCUUCAGUACUAACUGACAAGUGGUAUGGUGAGAGCCAAAAACUAGCAACAGCGGUUUUUUCGUUGGCUGUAAAAAUUCAGCCGUGCAUUAUAUUUAUCGACGAAAUUGACUCUCUCCUUCGUUCCAGAGAUUCAAACGACCAUGAAGCGACCGCUAUGGUGAAGGCCCUUUUCAUGUCGCACUGGGAUGGUCUAACAACAGACAAUACCAAAAAUAACGUCGUUGUUUUAGGCGCAACCAAUCGACCACAGGACGUGGAUAAGGCCAUUUUACGUCGAAUGCCUGCAUCUUUCUACAUCGGACUUCCAGGUACAGAACAGCGUCGGCAGAUUGCGCAAACAAUCUUAAAAAACGAACGCUUAGCUACAGAUGUCGAUCUGGAACAGCUGGCAACGUUAACUGAAGGUUUUUCGGGCUCGGACAUCAGAGAAGUUUGUCGAGCGGCGGCUGUUUAUGGAAUGCGUGACAGUUUGAAAAAUGCGACCAACGAUACCCUCGUAGAAGAAUGUAUCACCAUGGGAAACUUCUUGCAGGCGCUUGGGAAAUUGCGUGAGUCAAAAUUACAUUGUGGGACAUUGCCGUUAUCUCGCGUCGAUUUAGAUUAAGUGUCUAGGAGCAACGAAAAAUAAACUUCGUUCCGGUACAAAA